CCGCUGUGUCCCUUCAGUCGUCCCCAUCCCUUCCGCGUAGUCUCCUCCCCCGAUCCGUGUAGCCGAGCGGAAGCGCGCAUUAGCGAGCGCCCCACUUUGUGUGUCCGUGUUUCUGCGCGCUCCCUCGCGCAAAUCUCUCCCCCCAUCGCCCGGCGAGCGGAAGAAGAGAGAACAAGAGAGAGAGAGGGAGAGAGACAGAGAGAGAUGGCGAAUCCGACGGUGUUUUUCGACAUAACGAUAGGGGGAAGAAAGGUGGGAAGGAUAGUGAUGGAAUUGUACAAAAAUGUGGUGCCAAGGACGGCAGAGAACUUCCGCGCGUUGUGCACGGGAGAGAAGGGUACGGGGCGCUCGGGGAGGCCGCUUCAUUACAAGGGGUGCACAUUUCAUCGGGUGAUUCCUAAGUUCAUGUGUCAGGGGGGGGAUUUCACAAGAGGAGAUGGGACAGGGGGGGAGUCCAUCUACGGGGCAAAAUUUGCGGACGAGAACUUCCAGCACAAGCACACCGAGCCGGGCGUACUCUCCAUGGCGAACGCAGGGCCAAAUACCAACGGCUCGCAGUUCUUCCUCUGCACGGUACCCACCCCAUGGCUGGAUGGGAAACACGUUGUAUUCGGGAAAGUGAUCCAGGGAAUGGACGUCGUCGCGAAGGUGGAGUCGGUGGGAAGCUCCAGCGGAAGGACCAGCCAACCGGUUGUCAUCGCCGACUGCGGACAGCUCUCUUAAAGACUGACCGUGACGGCGGACGACGCCAGGCGGGGAGUCAUCGGCUGACGGCGGCUCUCUCUCUCUCUCUCUCUCUCUCUCUCUCUCUCUCUCUCUCUC